GACAGUAAAGCAGGGUUGAAGUUCGUCAGUCAAACAUAGACUCUGAGAACAGCAAGGUUAACUUCUGUUACCAGAAAGGAGCUGGUAGCUGCUUCUGAGAGGGAACAGAUGCCAGCAAGGGCAAAGAGCGCCAAACUCCCCAGCACCUCUUCUGGAAUGUUGACCCGGUCUGGAAAGAAGCGUCGCCGUCUGAACAGGCAGGAGCCGGUAGCUGGUUCUGAGAGGGAACAGAAGCCAGCCGGGACAAAGAGUGUCAAACUCCCCAGCACCUCUUCUGGAAUGUUGACCCGGUCUGGAAAGAAGCGUCGCCGUCUGAACAGGCAGGAGCCGGUAGCUGGUUCUGAGAGGGAACAGAAGCCAGCCGGGACAAAGAGUGUCAAACUCCCCAGCACCUCUUCUGGAAUGUUGACCCGGUCUGGAAAGAAGCGUCGCCGUCUGAACAGGCAGGAGCCGGUAGCUGGUUCUGAGAGGGAACAGAAGCCAGCCGGGACAAAGAGUGUCAAACUCCCCAGCACCUCUUCUGGAAUGUUGACCCGGUCUGGAAAGAAGCGUCGCCGUCUGAACAGGCAGAGACCCUCCAUGUUGGAUGUUCCAGCUCUGCUGCUGACCACUCUGGAGGAGCUCACUGGAGAACAGCUGAAGACAUUUCAGUCUAAACUGACUAGCGUCCAGCUGCCUGGCUUUCCUCCCAUCCCAGAGAGCCAGCUGGAGAACGCUGACAGACAGGACACAGUGGAUCAGAUGGUGAAGAGAUACGGCCCUGUCGGAGCUGUGAAGAUCACACUGAUGAUCCUGAAGAGAAUGAAUCAGCAUGAUCUCGCUAAAAAGUUACAGAGAGAUCACAGAGGUUCUCCUCUCUUCCUGGAACACCAUCACAUGAGUUCUCCAGAAGAAUUUACACCUGAAAUCCACGAUCAGGACAACAGGGGAGAAUACCAGUUCCAGUGCCCCAGUGCAGGUCUUUUCCAGUGCAGUAUAACAGGCCUGGUGUUUAGGAUGGAGGGAGAGGGAGAGGUGCUCUAUAGGACAGUCCCCUGGAACAGGAGGCUUCUAGCCCAGAGUGGCAAGAGACCUGCAGGACCCCUGUUCAAGUUUACAUGCCUUAAUGGGUCUGUCUGUCAACUACACCUCCCACACUGUGAGAUUCAUUCUGGUGGUGGAUGUGACUUCCUGUCUGUAGCCCAUGUGACUGAUGACAUCAUUGAGUUUAUCCAUCCUCUUGAGAUAACAGAAACACACAUCAUAAUAAACAUCACUGGAUUCUCUGCUUAUGGCCUCACCAAGGAUAAGGCUCAAGUGUCCCCUAUUCAGGGGCUUGUGUUGUUAUUCCACCAACUGUUUGUCCCUGAAGAGAGGUCCAUCCUGAAUGUGUUGUUGCUUCCCAGUAAUGUUGUGAUCAGGGAGGUGCAGGAUGAGAGGAAGAGAAGGAAUGGAGACAAAGAAACCUUCAUUGAAACAAAUCCUCACUGCAAUCUAACCCCGAACAAACCAUACAUCCUCUCCACAAAUAUUACACAUGGAUACAGGAUCAACCCAACAACAGCAGAAUUUUUGGAUUUCUAUCAAAACUACUCACUCACAUUUCAGUUGUUAGAAACUAUAGUUAAAGAAGUUGAACUUCUUCUGAAAGAAAAGGAAGGUGAUGAACUUGUAUGGAACAGACUUGUCUGGUUGCCAGCCUCACCAACAGAUGUCACCUCUACAGUGUCAGCUGUUUCCCUUGCAGCCCCUCCUGCCAACCCCUCUACCCUCCCUGGUAGAGGCUUCAUCAGAAAUCACAGGAUGGCUCUAAAGACUCGCCUGGGACUCUUACAGCCCAUAUCCCUGCGUCUCCAGGAUCGUGGGGUUCUGAUUGACGAGGAGAGGGAGGAGGUGGUCAGCAAAUCCAGCAAGACCCUACAGAACCAAGCCCUGCUGGACAUGGUGGUGAGGAAGGGGGCUCGCGCCCAGGAACACUUCUACCAGGUCCUGAAGGAAGUAGAUCCCUACCUGGUCGAAGACCUGGAAGAGCAGACAGUCUGAGACAGGUGCCAUGGAUACCACCUCACAACCUUUAGAAGAUAUCAAAACUUGUAUCAUAGACAGAGAGCAGUUCUUUGAGGAGGAGCCAUCCUGACCAGAGGUGGUUGGUGUGUAACGUGAUUGGACCCCAUUCUCACCAGCACUCCCAUCAGUCUGUAGUUUACUAUACAAGCCCCAGGUCUCAGGCAAGGUGACAUCACUGAGAGGCUACUGUCUACCAGACAACCUACCUGUGUUACUCUGGUACACUGGCUGCAGACUACAAGAUCAGGGACUAUGAUGUUUUUAAUAGUAAUAAAAUACAUUAUUUUAAAUUACUGAGUAUGUUUACAUGCACAGUAAUAUAAUUAAUAGUAAUAUAUUAAUCUGACUAUCCAGCAUGUAACCAUACUCACUGUAGUGCAUAUGUGAUUAUGAUAAUAAUAGAAUAAUAAUAUGAUGGUAUUGUUGAACUUUUUACAUUAUGUCAUUACCUUUAUAAACACAAUAUUCUCUGAUGAUUUAGUGGAAUGAAUAGAAAAUAAUAGGGUACGAGAAUAGAACACAACACAACACAAUACAACACAACACAACACAAUACAAUACAACACAACACAAUACAACACAA